AUGGAGGUUCUCGCUGCGUUUGUUGGAAAAAUAGCAGAGUUAACUGUUAUGCCCAUUGGAAGGCAAGUGGAAUAUUUAUUAUUUUACAAAGGGAACUGUAAGGAGCUAGAGAAGAAAAUUGAGGAGUUGAAAGAAAGAAAAGUUCACGUCGAGCAUGAUGUUGAAGCAGAAAGAAGGAACGGAAGAGAGAUUGAAGAUGAAGUACUAAGUUGGCAAAACAGGGUUGACUAUACCUUGGAAGAAGUAGAGAAACUUCGUGAAGAUCAACCUCGUGCUAGUGUACGGUGUUGGAAAUGGUCUUUUCCUAAUUUGAUAUCACGACAUCAACUUGGUAGAAAAGCAAAGAAAAUGACAUUCACCAUUUCUGAACUGAAGGACAAGGGGAAGUUUGAUGGUGGAGUUGGGUAUGUUCCUACUUCUAGCAUGGGUAACUUAAUUUUUGCGACUCGAGGUAGUGAAAAGCUUGACUCAAGAAACUCAGUGAAGGAGGACGUUAUGUUGUCUCUAGCUGACCCCAAAAUAAGCAAAGUUGGAAUUUAUGGGUGGGGUGGAGUGGGGAAGACCACUCUAGCUAAAGAAGUUGCCAGACAUGUUAAGGAUAGAAAGCUGUUUGAUAUGGUGGCCAUUGCAACUAUAUCCCAAACUUUGGAUGUUGAAAGAGUUCAAGAUGAGAUUGCAUAUCAAUUAGGCUUCCACUUGGAUGAGAAGACUGCAAUUGGAAGAGCUGACCGCCUUUUUGCAAGGAUAAAAAUGGAUAAAAAUAUCCUUAUCAUACUAGAUGACUUGUGGGAGAGAAUAGAUUUGGACAAGUUGGGAAUUCCAUCUGAGCAAGAUCUUAAAGAUCGAAAAUUAUCAUUCACUUCUAAACGUUUAGAUAUUUCACAGAAGAAUGAAACUUAUCAGGGUUGCAAAUUAUUGUUGACUUCUAGACGGUUAGAUAUUUUACAGAAGAAUGAGACUCAAAGUAACUUUCUUAUAAAAGCAUUAGAUAGUGCAGAAUCAUGGAGUUUGUUUGAAGAUAUGGUUGGUGAUGCUGUUAAAGAUGCUGAUUUGCAGAACAUAGCAACCCAAGUGGUUGAAAGAUGUGCAGGUUUGCCUGUUAUGAUAGUCUCACUUGCAAAGGCACUAAAAUUUAAUAAGAAUAUUCAUUAUUGGACAGAUGCCUUGAACAACUUAAAGAGAGUUGAUAAUAGGGACAUGUAUGGGACUGUUUUUUCAGCUUUUGAAUUUACUUACAACCGCCUGGGAGAUGAUGAAAUGAAGAAAGUAUUCUUGCUAUGUGGUGCAAAUGGACCGUUCAUGUGGUUUAGUGACUUGUUAAAAUAUGUGUUUGGUUUGGGUGUUUUGAAACACAUAGAUACCAUUAAAGAUGCAAGAAAUCGGCUGUACAGAAUAAUUGAUGACUUGAAGGCAUCUUGUUUGUUACUUGAGAAUGAUGCAAACAAGACCGAUGAGAUCGAAAUGCAUGACAUUGUUUGUGAAAUAGCUGUUUCAAUUGCUUGUAAGAGUGAACAUGUUUUUGCAUUGAGAAAUGAUAGGAUGCAAGAUUGGCCAAGCAAGAGAUUUCUUGAAAGGUGUACUCAGAUAAUCUUAAGUGAUUGUUUUAUCCAAGAGCUUCCUCAAAAGUUAGACUGUCCUAAUUUGAAAUUUUUCCUCUUAAGUUUCAAUGAGAGUUGCACUUUGAAAAUUCCAGACUCUUUUUUUGAGGGAAUGGGAAGCCUUGAAGCAUUAGAUUUGACAGGCUUGAUAAUACCUGCACUGCCUAUAUCUCUUCUUUCCUUGACCAAGCUUAAAACAUUGGUUUGUAUCAAUGCACUUUGA